CCAUCUCCAUUUCCUUCUCUCACUCCAUCUCCCUUUCCUUCUCUCUCUCCCCGUCUCCCUUUCCUGCUCUCUCUCCCUCUCCCUCUCCUUCUCUCUCCUCCUUCUCCUUUUCCUUCUCUCUCUCCCACUCUCCCUUUCCUUCUCUCUCUCCCUCUCCCUCUCCUUCUCUCUCUCCCCGUCUCCCUUUCCUUCUCUCUCUCCCCGUCUCCCUUUCCUUCUCUCUCUCCCUCUCCCUCUCCUUCUCUCUCCCCCCACUCCCUUUCAUUCUCUCUCUCCCCUCUCCCUUUCUCUAUCUCCCUCUUGUUUUAAGAAGGUCAUACAGAGGAUAAUUUUGCUAUUUGAUUUAGAAUUGUUUAAAACAAAUAAUUUAAUUGAUAGACAGAUUCACUACAUGGAACAACAGAUAGUCCCCCCAAAAACAAAUCUAAAGGAAGUUUGUUUUGAAGUGUCUAUCAUAUAUAUUAAUCUUGUUAACUGGUCCCGGGGGACCUUCAGACGAGUAUUGUGAGUACUGGGGGCAUCAUAGAGACCAGUCGAAAGAUUGGACACGCCUACUCAUUCAAGGGUUUUUUCUUGAUUUUUACUAUUUUCUACAUUGUAGAUUGUAGAUUGCAUGAAUCAGGCCUUCAUGUUUGAAUUGCUGCAAAGAAACCACUACUAAAAUAAGAAGAGACUUGUUUGGGCCAAGAAACACAAGCAAUGGACAUUAGACUGGUGGAAAUCUGUCCUUUGGCCUGAUUAAUCCAAAUUUGAGAUUUUUGGUUCCAACCGCCGUGUCUUUGUGAGACAUAGUGUAGGUGAACGGAUGAUAUUCGCAUGUGUGGAGGAGGAUGUGUGAUGGUGUGGGGGUGCUUUGCUGGUGACACUGUCAGUGAUUUAUUUAAAAUUCAAGGCACACUUAACCAGCAUGGCUACCACAGCAUUCUGUAGCGAUACGCCAUCCCAUCUGGUUUGCGCUUAGUGGGACUAUCAUUUCUUUUUUGACAAGACAAUGACCCAAAAGACACCUGUGUAAGGGCUAUUUGACCAAGAAGGAUAGUGAUGGAGUGCUGCGUCAGAUGGCCUGGCCUCCACAUUCACCCAACCUCAACCCUAUUGAGAUGGUUUGGGAUGAGUUGGAAUGCAGAGUGAAGGAAAAGCAGCCAACAUGUGCUCAGCAUAUGUGGGAACUCCUUCAUGACUGUUGGAAAAGCAUUCCUCAUGAAGCUGGUUGAGAGAAUGUCAAGAGUAUGCAAAGCUGUCAUCAAGGCAAAGGGUGGCUACUUUGAAGAAUCUCAAAUAUAAAAUAUAUUUAGAUUUGUUUAACACUCUUUUACUACAUGAGUCCAUAUGUGUUAUUUCAUAGUUUUGAAUGUUUUCACUAUUAUUCUACAAUGUAGAAAAUAGUUCAAAUAAAGAAAAACCCUUGAAUGAGCAGGUGUGUCCAAACUUUUGACUGGUACUGUAUGUAUUCGUGAGAGUCUCAUCUUUCCAUAGAGUGGUUUGUAGGCUAAACCGUUCGGACGCUACAGAUGAUUGUGUGAGAAUACUGAUUUUUGGAUGUCUCAUGGUCUGACCGACAUUGCUCUAACUCUGUCACCUUUCACUGCAGAUGCAGAAGUGUUUCAUACAGUCGGCGGAAGGGGUGGAUUGAGAUCCAUCCAAUGCAAAAAAAUAGAUACUGUGCCUCUAGCUUAAACUGAUUGAUUUUUAUGGGGAUUUUUUUAUUGUGCUAAUUAGAUUUCAGCGGGGUGCAGACAUCGACCUUAGGUUAAGAAAUAAUUGCCCCUAACAGUAUAAAAGUGUCUUUUGUCCAAGCCUACUGAAAAUGUCUGCGGGUGUUAAUGCCAUGUCUAGACUAUGGAGGACGGUUUUUGUCAAAUUAAAGUUUAUGGAAAAUGUUGGCAUUUCCACUGAAUAGAUUUUUGUUUAUACCACUCCCACAUGAAAAAAUACUAUAGUUAAAAAGCUGUAAUGUUUUUGUGGACUAUAUUCUUUUUGCAGACUGUGGUAUACUGUAUUUUUGUCCUAUAGAGUUUUUGCAGAUAUUACUGUAAUAGACUAUAGUAUUUACAGUUUAAUAUAGUAUAAAUACUGUAGUAUUACUGUAGUUAAUAAACUGUAGUAUAUUCUAUAAUACUUACUAUGGUGUUUUGCGGGCUGUACUACAGUAUACUGUAAUAUUUACUGUUGUGUUUUUGUGGACAUUAUACUGUAGUAUUUACUAUAGUGUAUUAUUUUAUUAUCUUUUGCAUAGAAAAGGAGGGCUUUCUCCUUGAGGAAACCUACUUGGCAAAUAUUAAAAGAGCAAAUUUUCCAUAACCUGUAGGUAGGCAGGUAUCCUUGUGGUUAGAGCGUUGGACCAGUAACCGUAAAGGUUGCUAGAUCAAAUCCUUAACUGACUUGCCUAGUUAACUAUAGUAUUACUAUAGUUAAACUGUAGUGUUUUUGCAGACUGUAGGAUACUGUAGUAUUUACAUCUCAUCGCUGUAUUCUACAGGGUACUACAAUAUUCUAUAGUAAUUGCUACACACGAUCGAGAGACACUACAUUGUGUAGUAUAGUAUUCUACAGUAUACUACAGUUUACUACAGUAUUCUACAGCAAACUGUAGUAUUUUGUUCAUGUGGGACUGCAGUCAAAGUCGUACACAAACUCAUAUGGAUGAUAUUAUGCGAGAAAGAAAACAGAAUGACACAAUUUCAAGAAUAUUUUAUGAAUGGUCUAGACCCUUCAUGUUACCUAAGGAGAAGUGUGAAGCCAUUUAGCUUACACAAUUACUGUUCAUCGUUAUACUUAGUGUUCUGCAUGUUUCUGUGUUCUCUGUGAGUGUGUGUGUGCAUGCAUGCACUGUGUGUGUGUCUCCAACAUCGUGACCUUCCAUUUUAAAGCUUUGCUUUGGUGUGGAUUGAUGCCUGCACAUUCAUAUCAGUUGUGUUCCUACAUUGCAUUCAUCUUUCCUUAUUUCUAUUGUGGAUUGUGUUUACGUGCACCAAUGGAAAGUCUACAAAACUAUGAGCAAACCAGCCUAUGUAUUGAAUACAUGGAUUUGGAUUGUGAUGAUAUUGAUGAAUGAAUACUACACACAAUGUGCUUAUUUGUAUUCUCAUUGUUAUGUAUUUAUAAUUAGGAAGAAUAUUUGAUUUGAUGUGUAUGAAAGUGCUGGUGAAAUAUGAAUAAAAAAGAGAGUAAUAUAAUUCUGCACCUUUGGAUAGUUCUAUUGUCACACUUGCUAUUGGCAUAUUUUGUCAGGUGUGCUCCCUCUCUAGCCUCUAGGUCACCAGGCUGCUCAUUAAGGCGCACACCUGUCCCCAUCGUUACGCGCAUCAGCGCAUAAUGACACUCACCUGGACUCCAUCACUUCCUUGAUAACCUGCCCUAUAUAUGUCACUCCCUUUGGUUCCUUCCCCAGGAGUCAUUGUUUCUGUUUUCUGUUCAUUAAAUGUUUCACUCUCUGAACUUGCGUCUAAGCAAACACAUUACAGAAUGACGCCUCACCAUAGGGAAGCAUCAGGGAGUUUUCUUUUGUGUUGGAGGUGAAGUCAGGUCCGAGUGUCCGAACCGGAGCUACCUGAGCUACCUGGGAGGCCUCAGCCGGUUUGUCGGAUUUCCAUGCCCAGCAGGCUCGAUGGGCCUCCCCUGCCUCAGCUGGGUGAACAGGUUCCCGUGCCUUGACCGAGUCAACCGGGGAGGUCUUAGCUAGCUCAUUAGGCUCUCACACCUCAGCCGGUUCAUCAUAAUGACACUCACCUGGACUCCAUCACCUCCUUGAUUACCUGCCCUAUAUCUUUAAGGCAGGGGAGCCUGUCAAGCCCACUGGGGCGUCAGGUAGCCUAAUGGUUAGAGCACUGGACAAGUAACCAAAAGGUUGCAAGAUCAAAUCCCUGAGCUGACAAGGUAAAAAUCUAUUGUUCUGCCUAGUUAAAUGAAGGUAAAAAAAAAAUGUAAUAUGUCACUCCCUUUGGUUCCUUCCCCAGGCGACAUUGUUUCUGUUUCCUGUCUGCGUUGUUCAUGUUUCUUGUUUUGUAUUAUGUUCAAUUUAUUAAAUGAUCCACUCCUUGAACUUGCUUCCCGACUCCCAGUGCACAUCGCUACAUCUACUUCCAAUUUUGAUCAUGAUUUACUGACUGUAAAGAAAAUGUAUUUACCUACUUGGAUUUUUAAAAGACAAACUAACUUUGUUUUGUCUGCUCAGACUCAAUAGAUAAGCAUGGUUGUGUUUUUGCAGGCAGUCGUUCUUUUGAUGAAUGUAUUUGCAAUUUUGACGGCUCAAUAUAGUUUUGAUGAAUGUAUUUGUUUUGAGAUUUGGAAAACCCAUUUACUGUUUUGCAAAAACUCGUGGACUCUGUUUUAAAAAUUGACAACAUUGUUCCAAAAAAUGCUUGUCUGUGAUUGAAAAAAAAACAUAAUAUGGCCAGCUCUACAGUGCAUAUCUCUGCCCGCAGUUAUGCAUGGGGACUGCAUUUUCUUUGAGUUGCAGGAUAGAAAUGUUUAGAGCCUUUGCAUAGCUUGUCACACCCUGAUCUGUUUCACCUGUCCUCCAAAUCAAAUGUAUUUAUAUAGCCCUUCGUACGUCAGCUGAUAUCUCAAAGUGCUGUACAGAAACCCAUCACCAAACAGCAAGCAAUGCAGGUGUUGAAGCACGUUGGUUAGGAAAAACUCCCUAGAAAGGCCGAAACCUAGAGAGGAACCAGGCUGUGAGGGGUGGAACAUGGCCAAGAUGUUCAAAUGUUCAUAAUUGACCAGCAUGGUCAAAUAAUAGGUCUGGGACAGGUAGCACGUCCGGUGAACAGGUCAGGAUUCCAUAGCCGCAGGCAGAACAGUUGAAGCUGGAGCAGCAGCACAGCCAGGUGGACUUGGGACAGCAAGGAGUCAUCAUGCCAGGUAAGUCCUGAGGCAUGGUCCUAGGGCUCAGGUCCUCAGAGAGAGAGAAAGAGAGAAUUAGAGAGAACAUACUUAAAUUCACACAGGACACCGGAUAAGACAGGAGAAGUACUCCAGAUAUAACAAACUGACCCUAGCCCCCCGACACAUAAACUACUGCAGCAUAAAUACUGGAGGCUGAGACAGGAGGGGUCAGGAGACACUGUGGCCCCAUCCGAUGAUACCCCCGGACAGUGCCAAACAGGAAGGAUAUAACCCCACCCACUUUGCCAAAGCACAGCCCCUACACCACUAGAGGGAUAUCUUCAACCACCAACUUACCAUCCUGAGACAAGGCCGAGUAUAGCCCACAAAGAUCUCCGCCACGGCACGACCCAAGGGGGGGCGCCAACCCAGACAGGAAGAUCACAUCAGUGACUCAACCCACUCAAGUGACGGACCCCUCCUAGGGACGGCAUGAAAGAGCACCAGUAAGCCAGUGACUCAGCCCCUGUAAUAGGGUUAUAGGCAGAGAAUCCCAGUGGAAAGAGGGGAACCGGCCAGGCAGAGACAGCAAGGGCAGUCCUUGUGCUUGUCUCCACCCCCCUUCAGGUGUCACCCAUCUUCCCCACUUAUCCCCUGGGUUAUUUAUACCUGUUUUCUGUCUGUGCUAGUUUAUCUUGUUUGUUCAAGCCUACCAGCGUUUUGUGUGUCAGCUACUGCUUUUUCCAGUCUCUCUUCUCUCACCCUCCUGGUUUUGACCUCUGCCUGCCCCUGAGCCUGCCUGCCAUCCUGUACCUUUGCCCCUCCUCUGGAUUACCAACCUCUGCCUUGUCUGACCCUGGGCCUGCCUGCUGUCCUGUACCUUUGCCCCUACUCUGGAUUACCAACCUCUGCCUGAUGGUCGGCUACGGGAACGAAGGAGGGAGAAGAGGUAUGAUUGUGGUCCCAAUCGCUCACUCAGGGAUCCCACCUUGCAUCUGAACUCCGGAAGUCCCCAGCGUUUACGUGUCCGAGAGGGUCCAAGCUUACUCGAGUCCCUCCAAGAGCCUCGAUGUCGAUGCAGCUAGGCUGUCUCCAGCCGACACCAUACCCAGAGUUGUCUGUAUUGAAUUACUGCCGGUCAUUAUGUGUCUACCUGUCCCCUCAAGAGACCUUGCUCAUUCGUUGAAGUGAGUACUCUGGUGGGCCUUAAUGAUAAUGUUUGUGUCUCCCCUUGCUCGCCACCCUGCGGUGGGGUGAACAUUCCAAGUCUCUUCAGGUACUCAUCGACUCGGGGGGGCGAUGUGAGUCUCAUGGGUGUUACCCUGGUGUCCGAGCUGAGCAUCCCCACACAACCCCUCUCCAUUCCCAUGGGUAUUAGAGCACUGGAUGUCUGCUCUAUAGGCCAGGUCACCCACCAGACCACCCCCAACCUACGAGUGUCGGAACCACAGCGAGACGAUCCAAUUCCUGCUGGUUGAUUCACCGCAGGUUCCCGUGGUAUUGGGAUUCUCUUGGCUCCAGCAACACAAUCCCUCCAUUGACUGGGUUACUGGUGCCAUGAUGGGCUGAAGCCCGUCCUGCCACACUCAUUGCCUGAAGUCAGCUCUGCCUGACCCUAAGUCUGCCUGCCGUCCUGUACCUUUUGUCCCGACUCUGGAUUACCGACCUCUGCCUGACCUGACCCUGGACCUGCCUGCCGUCCUGCACCUUUGCCCCACUACUCUGGAUUAUCGACCCCUGCCUGCCUUAACCUGCCCCUGUUACAAUAAACAUUAUACUUCUACACAGUCUGCACUUGGGUCUUACCUGAUAUACCUGUCAUAUAGCUCCCUCCUUUUCAUCAGGUCCCUUUGGUGGGUUUUGCUCUGUUGAGGCAUUUAUCCAGGCCCACUUCACCAUUACUAGAUAUGAAGUGCAUAGUCGGCCCUCAACAAAGAUCUCUUUCCUGGCUGACUCCUGAUUGACUGUGCAUAUUUUCUCUAAAUUACAGUCAAUCUUUCCUUAUAUUCAGACUAUGGUUAAUUCAUGAUCUUGUGAGGAAAGUACUGUAUGUUUGGCCUGUGCUGACUGGGCUGGCUGCCUGCUGUGGAUGUUGCCUGCGUAGCGCCUCAUGCCUCUGUAAUUUGAUUGGCGUUUGGAUAGCACAGUAUAAUCGCAUCAACUGGGAGCUUUCAUAGCUCCCCUAUGUCGGUGUCAUCCAUCCUUAAUGAUUGUAUUGGAUCAGCCCUGUUCAGGCCAGGUUUCAUCUGUCUGUAAUGGGAACACUAGCUACAGUACUUCACCUGGGUUAGGGAGUUGUAGAGGGCAGCUAGUGGAAUUAUAACGUAUCCCCAUAAAAACAUGGCUAUUUUCACUAGUCUGGACAUUUUCAGUACCUUGGACAAGUCCAAGCUAAUGUUAGAGCCCAAAUGUGAUGUGGCCUUCUAAGAAGUGCUAAUGAUGUCUCAACAUGGUUUAUAAAACAAUGCCUUGUCUGGUGGCCAUUUCCUAAUAUUCAAUGUUAGAUUUUAAAUGCACAUUUUGAGCAGGCCUUUAGGUCAUCUUUGACUCCUGGGUUCUGGGUCCAAUAUGUAAGCUGCAUAAUCAAAAGGCCUGCAGAUAGACUUUAGCGAAGCUUCAAGCUAAUGCUGGCGGAAUGUUCUUGUGUUUUUCCAGAACAAACAGCACCACACUGCAUCAGAGGCAAGUGCAUUCAUUAACAUUUCUCCUUCACAUGAUGUGCAAUUGAAUUACCAUCAUGAAAGAAAACAAUUAUUCAAUGAAGUGAAGGACGACCUUUGAUAUUUCAACCAUGUACUGUAUAUUAGACACCAAAGGGCCAUUGUUUCAGUUCUGUAGUCUAAGAGACGUGAAUUUUCAUACAUAAAAAGUAUAUAUAUUAUAUAUUUGCGUAAUGAGAAUUUUCUCAUGGGUCAAUGUUUUUUUACCUUUACCUAAAGGCUGUUAUGUUAUCCAACACAGCCUUAACCUUGUACCACUUAACAUCAGCCUACUAAUGCACUAUCAUGUUGAAAUCAACACAGCCUUAACCUCGUACCACUUAACAUCAGUCUACUAAUGCACUAUCAUGUUGAAAUCAACACAGCCUUAACCUCGUACCACUUAACAUCAGUCUACUAAUGCACUAUCAUGUUGAAAUCAGCACAGCCUUAACCUCGUACCACUUAACAUCAGUCUACUAAUGCACUAUCAUGUUGAAAUCAACACAGCCUUAACCUCGUACCACUUAACAUCAGUCUACUAAUGCACUAUCAUGUUGAAAUCAACACAGCCUUAACCUCGUACCACUUAACAUCAGUCUACUAAUGCACUAUCAUGUUGAAAUCAACACAGCCUUAACCUCGUACCACUUAACAUCAGUCUACUAAUGCACUAUCAUGUUGAAAUCAACACAGCCUUAACCUCGUACCACUUAACAUCAGUCUACUAAUGCACUAUCAUGUUGAAAUCAACACAGCCUUAACCUCGUACCACUUAUCAUCAGUCUACUAAUGCACUAUCAUGUUGAAAUCAACACAGCCUUAACCUCGUACCACUUAACAUCAGUCUACUAAUGCACUAUCAUGUUGAAAUCGACACAGCCUUAACCUCGUACCACUUAACAUCAGUCUACUAAUGCACUAUCAUGUUGAAAUCGACACAGCCUUAACCUCGUACCACUUAACAUCAGUCUACUAAUGCACUAUCAUGUUGAAAUCGACACAGCCUUAACCUCGUACCACUUAACAUCAGUCUACUAAUGCACUAUCAUGUUGAAAUCGACAUAGCCCAAUUGCCAUUGUUUUGUUUUUUUGUACACCAGGGCAGCUUCAAAGAGGACAUCUUCUGUGAAAUUAUUAAACAAGAGAUGGCUGCAAUACAGCAUUCCCCUACAGUGUGAAGCCCUCAUUAAUCUGAUGGAUACUGACAGCUGAAUUGACAGGACCCUGUCAUUAUACCAAGUCCUCAACAAGCUUGUUAAGCAGAGGGCUGGAUUCUAUGCAGUAGUCCUGUCUGUAGUCCUGCCUGCAGGAGAAGAUAAGCUGACAGAAGAGGUAGGUCUGAUGUGGAGGCGGGGCUGGACCUUGUGACCUAGUGCAGGGGGAGGGACACCAUGAUCUCCACGGCACUCCGUUGGCUGUUUCUGGUGUCCUUCAUCGUGGCGACCAUCGGCGGGAACGUGCUGGUGUGUUUGGCCGUGGGGCUCAGCCGCCGCCUGCGCCGCAUUGCUAACUGCUUUGUUGUGUCACUAGCUGUGACGGAUCUGUUGCUGGGCCUGCUGGUGCUGCCCUUCUCUGCCACCCUGGAGCUGCGGAGUGGACACUGGCCCCUGGGGGGCACCCUAUGUAACAUCUAUGUGUCUCUGGAUGUGAUGUUUUGUACGGCCUCCAUUCUGACUCUGCUGGCCAUCAGUGUGGACCGUUACCUGGCCAUCUCAGCCCCACUCUGCUACCCCCGCAGGGUCACCCCUCCCCGAGUAGCCCUGGCCAUCACCACCAUCUGGGUCACUUCCCUGGCCAUGUCCUUCCUCCCCAUCCACCUGGGCUGGAACACGGCUGACUUCAGGGUGCAGAACCUGGACUGGGGCAUUUGGGACGAGGUGGAGGAGGGACGCACCUGCCGCUUUGAGUGGCAUAACAACUAUGUGCUCCUAGAUGCCUUUGGCACCUUCUACCUCCCACUACUGGUCAUGUGCGGGAUGUACCACUGCAUCUUUCAGAUAGCACGCAAACAGGUACGGCGUAUCCGAGCUGCCACACCCUCAUUCGCCCCCACAGCAUCAGCGGCGGCCACAGCGCGGGAGCACAAGGCCACAGUGACUCUAGCAGCAGUCCUGGGGGCCUUCAUUAUCUGCUGGUUCCCCUAUUACACCUUCUUUACCUGCAUGGGCAUCGGGGCAGAGACUAACCCCCCUACUACUGCCCACUCUGUGGUGCUGUGGCUGGGCUACUUUAACUCCGUUGUCAACCCCAUCCUGUACCCGGCCUUGAAUAGGGACUUCCGCAGAGCCUAUUGGGAGCUGCUGUGCUGCAGGGGGCCGCGGUGGAGACACAUAUCCACAACUAUCUGCGUGUCCUUGCAGAAACAAGUGCCCCUCUCUAGCGAACACAGAGACACUGAUCUGACCAAUGGCCACACAGACACCCUCCCUAAAGACAAUUAGCCAGAGGGAAAGAGCUUCACCUCUCAGUAGAUCAAUGGCAGCAACAUUGCUGACCAGACCUGGUAAAAUACAAUACACACUGGAUAGGGACUAGGUAACACAUGAGGGACAGUUGUGCAGGAGCUAGUACAGUAUGAUAUAAAAUGGCUGAUACGUUAUCUACCACCUGCUUAUAAAACAAAGGAGAACAAACCCAUACCAAGAAGAUAAAGAGAACAUAGCCGAGUCAAUAUUAACUGUCUCAAUAGCUGUGUCCGUGCUGAUCAUUUCCCAGCUAACUGAUGGAGACAUAGGCAGUUACAUGUUUUGGUGAUCCUCUCUGUUGCAGACCCACUUGUGGUGAAUUAGUGACUAACCUGGAUGGAUUUACUUGAAUGUAUAUGUGUGUUCAUCCCUAAAAGGUACAGAAUGUCCAGUCAGAGCUACAGUAUGUUGGAUGGCUUCCAGGAGGUUGGCAGAGGGGAUACAAGGACAUCUGGAUGUGUCAUCCAGGCAAACCCUGGCCCCAUAUGGGAUACCUGUCCACCUUUAAAUAAUGUACCCCUGCAUCAACAGCCAGUUGAUGUAGUUCCACUGAGCAUAGGUUCCCUCGCGUCAGUGGUUUCUAAACCUUUUGGUGUCGUGACAUCUUCCUAUGGUCCUCAGAUUAACAUAACUGUUUCCUGCCACAGCCGACAGCCCAAUCUGUGACGCAGUAGAAAUAACUGACCUACUGUUUGACAAUUAUUAGCUCACAUCAACCCAACAACCCCCACAUUCACAUGUGCUGCCAAGAUACACUCACCUGUGCUGCUAUUAUAUGGCAUGUGACAUUCACACCAUGAGACGUUACUGUUGACUGUUUAUCAGAAUGUAGUGUAAUUUGCCCACUGGAUUUGUAGACUUUGUUUCUGUCUGGCCAUGUGACCUCAUAUUGUACAUACAAUAGUUCAUAAUAUAAGUGAAUGACAUUUUUCAAAAAGUCCCCGCACAAUCAAAUACUCUCAUUCACACUCAGACACUUGCAAACUAUGUACUUUGUCUGCAAUGACUUCUAUAAAUGACAUGUCCCUGCCCUCUAGUGACCAAAUGUGUCAUCACACUCACCCUCACAAGAAGAGGUGACAAAAUCAAUUGUAUCAGUAUCUGUGUGUACAAAUCAUUGUUACAGACAUAUGUUUAUCUAUAAUGUAUUAUACAUGUACAUACGACCAAUUAUAAUGACCUAAUAUGUCCUGGUUAUUGUUGAACUGCAAAGCAAGAAAUAAAAUUCCAAUCUGAAAAUGGAAUUUAAACAUCACCUGACAAUUUAUUUUCACUAAGCACUUUCAGGCAUGAUACAGUACAGUACCUGUACUGUAAUUAAAAUCUGGAGAAACAACAACCAAUUCUCCACUCUCACACUCUGAACCCUCUCCAGCAAUCAAAUCCUUCUUCUGGAAACUCUUGUUGCUCUUGCUCUCAGUGACGAACCACUUCAUAUCUGAAGACAGACAGCAAUCAUAUCCUCAAUAUCAUACACAACAGUUUUUGACAUUAUACCUUUACGUGAGGAUAUUGUUACUUCUUGUUAUGUGUUUUUUUUUAUGUCUGUAGUAGUAGUGAACUACCAUUGGGAUUACUGAAGGUCAAGACAGCUCGUGACCUCCAGGGAGAAGUUGUCUGAGCUCCAAGGAGACUCCUCAGCUCCACGCUUCUCUCCGGGCCCACUCUCUGAGUUAGGGACAUCCUGACCUCCAUCUGACACAUCUGAGAUUAAACGCACCAGAUAUUCAUA